UGCGGCUAUACCGGCAAGCUAGUCAAUCGGGAUGACGGCCGAUAUUGGACUGGAGACUUUGGAGACAUAAAUUCAACAUUUUCUCCCUUUGAAGUACACCAGGCUCAAGCUGCUUCAAGGUACACAUCCCUAGCAAGAGAAGCAUCUCUGUCGUCCUCCUUUAACAGCGGAGUGCCAACUGUGCCUUACAAAAGAGCACGGCUGUCUCGCUCUGAAUUUACAUACACAUUUCCACUCACCACCGGCCACAAGUUCAUUCGUUUGUAUUUCUACCCAGCUUCAUAUGGUGACGACUUUGACCGAUCCAACACCCUCUUCUCCGUCAAAACUGGUGGCUUUACUCUUCUCCACGACUUCAACACUUCUCUCACUGCCGAUGCGUCUAGGAUGAAGACGAUAUACAGAGAAUUCUGUGUAAGCAUUGAGGAGGGAGAGGAGAGUUUGAACAUCACAUUCACUCCAAGCCCAAAUGCAUAUGCCUUUAUCAACGGCAUUGAAAUUGUAUCCAUGCCUAGCACUCUUUACUACACUCCAGCGCAAAGCGAUGAUGGUGUUGACCUUGUUGGCUUCCAAACCAAAGUCCCCAUUCAAAACACGACUGCUCUAGAGAUGGUGUAUCGAUUGAAUGUCGGGGGACCCUUACUCUUUCCAAAGAAAGAUACUGGCAUGUACCGCAAAUGGGAUAGUUAUGUUGAGGAGCAAAGUUACUUAGACACUUCAAGUUUAAGUUCGAGCCACCUUCUACAACAAAAUACUAGUAUUGAACUCAACUUUACCACAAUUGCAAACUACACUGCGCCAAAAGAAGUUUACCAAAGUGGUCGGUCAAUGGGUGCGGACACUAAUCUCACCUGGCAAUUUCCGGUGGAUUCCAAGUUUUUUUACUUGGUUAGGCUUCAUUUUUGUGAGUUUCAACUUGAAAUCACCAAGGUUAGAGACAGAAUGUUUACAAUCCAAAUAGCCGAUCAAACCGUAGAACAAGGAGCCGACGUAAUUGACUGGAGUGGUGGAAACGAGAGACCAGUGUACAGAGACUAUUUGGUCUCCAUGUCUACCGACCGUGGUGGAACCCGGAAGAAAGUUAACCUCUCUCUCGCACUGCAAGCAAAUCCAAAUGCUGGAAUCUUGAAUGGGCUCGAAAUCUUCAAGCUAAGUGAACCAAAUGGCAAUCUUGCUGGACCCACCGAUUUGAUGCCGUCAAGUUUAGUAAAACACAACACCAAGUCCAAUCGUAUACUUGCCAUUGCUGCCGGUGUAGCUUCCGGCCUACUCUUGCUCUCUGUCCUUUUUGGAUUCCUGAUUUUCAGGCGUCGACUGAAAGCCAAGUCCUUUGUCUCCAUCCAUGGGGCGACCAAGUCAACAGAGACUCCCGGGUCAUCUUUACCCCCUUAUUUAUGUUGUUACUUUCCACUGGCUGAGAUCAAAGCCGCCACCCAAAACUUCAAUGAUAGUUUCAUCAUUGGAGUUGGCGGGUUUGGUAACGUGUACAAAGGCUAUAUCGACGACGGUGGGGCUACCCCUGUAGCUAUCAAACGGCUGAAACCCGAGUCAUCACAGGGUGCCCAUGAGUUCAAGACGGAAAUAGAGCUGCUCUCCCAGCUCCGCCACCGCCAUUUAGUGUCUCUCAUUGGAUAUUGUACGGACGACAAUGAGAUGAUCUUGGUGUACGAUUACAUGGCACAUGGGACCCUCGCCGACCAUCUCUACCACAAUGAGAACCCCCCUCUUUCUUGGGAGCAACGACUUCAAAUUUGUAUUGGCGCGGCACGAGGGUUGAGCUACCUUCAUACCGGUGCCAAGGAGACCAUCAUCCACCGUGACGUGAAGAGCACAAACAUUUUAUUGGAUGAGAAAUGGGUGGCCAAAGUAUCGGACUUUGGAUUGUCAAAAAUGGGCACUACCAACACGUCCAAGACUCACAUCAGUACAAUGGUGAAAGGUAGUUUCGGAUAUUUGGACCCGGAAUACUACCGACGUCAACGGCUAACUGAGAAGUCGGACGUGUAUUCGUUCGGUGUAGUAUUGUGUGAGGUACUGUGUGCAAGGCCGGCUGUGAUGCAUACGGUGGAGCUGAGGCAAAUGAACUUGGCUGAGUGGGUCAGGAGCUGUCAUCACGACGGGGAACUUGAUCAAAUUAUUGAUCCAAGCAUAAGGGGUAAGAUUGAAAUUCAUUGUCUGAAUCAGUUUGUUGAGAUUGCAAUGAGUUGCAUGAAUGACAGUGGGAUCGAACGGCCGUCAAUGAAUGAUGUUGUGAGGGCGCUUGAGCUUGCAUUGCAGCUCCACCGCAACUGCAUUGAAAGGAACAAUGAGGGUGCCUUCGUCUAUGACAGUACCGCCGCGGAAAUUAGAAGUGCUGAGCCAGGUUGCGCUACAGAUGAAUCCAUCCAAUGUAUAUCUGAGACGAUCUUUUCUGAGAUUAAUGAUCCAAAUGGGCGAUAAUGGACAACAUUUUUGAAGUACCCAAAAACUGUAUUUGUAUUUGAAACCAAUAAUAUUGAAUGCAAAUAAAUUACUUGGAGUGA